GCGAAAAUGAGCAUCGGUGCCCCCUCUCCCCUCCCCUCCUCCUCCUCCUCCUCCCUGUCUCCUCUCCUCUGCCAUCCCCAGCAGCUGUUAGCAGCCUCAGCCCCACACUGCGCCGCGGAGAGCGCAUCCGCGACGCAGCUGGAGGACGGGAGCCAUCGUCAGUAGCGCUCACGUUUUGGAACCGAGCCUGGUCAGGAUUGGGAGGUUCGGUUCAUGUUUCCCGGAGCUCGGAGUUGAAGUUCAGACCCAGCAGAAAGCAUAUCAUGUUCAGUGGAGCGACAUCAUGACUUUACUCAACGAGUCGGAGAAGACCACCUCUCCCCCACUUCCCCUCUCCUCCCUUAGGAGCAAUUUCUCUGCCUUUAUCACACCUGACCUCCCUUAUUCCUCUGCAUCCUAUCCCACCUCCUCCUCCUCUUCCUCCCUGCUGACAUCCCCCAACUGCACCAGCUCUCCAUCAUCCUCCUCACCCCCGUACAACUUCUACGCAGUGCUCUUAGUCCUUCUCAUCUUCUGCGUGGUGUUCGGCAAUGUGCUGGUGUGUGUCGCUGUGUCCCGGGAGCGUGCCCUGCAGACAACCACCAACUACCUCAUUGUCUCACUGGCUGUGUCCGAUCUGCUGCUGGCAACACUGGUCAUGCCUUGGGGUGUCUACAUGGAGGUCGUCGGGGAGUGGCACUUUAGUCUGAUCCACUGUGACAUCCUGCUCACUCUGGACGUCAUGAUGUGCACCGCCAGCAUCCUCAACCUGUGUGCCAUCAGCAUCGAUAGAUACACAGCCGUAGCCAUGCCACUGCUCUACAACACCAGAUACAGUUCCAGGAGGAGGGUGGCUGUGAUGAUCGCCGUGGUGUGGUUUCUCUCUUUUGCCAUCUCCUGCCCUUUAUUGUUUGGACUGAACAAUACAGCCAGCCGGGAAGGCACCACGUGCAGCUUUGCAGACCCGGCCUUCGUAGUCUACUCGUCCGUAGCCUCUUUCUAUGUACCAUUUAUUGUAACACUGCUGGUGUAUGCCCAGAUCUGCGUGGUGCUACGCAAACGGGGCAGACGCACCGCACCGCCCCGCAAACAUGGUCUGCUGACGCAAAGUGGUUCUGGAGCAGCUGAAAGUCGGCAACGGAAGAAUAAAUGUACACAACCAGAAGACGUGAAACUGUGCACCCUGAUCCUUAGACCCGCCACUGCAGGUCCUCAACGAAAGAAAGUGAGCCUCGUAAAGGAGUCCAUGGUUCAUCCCCUUGAAGUGGAGCCGGGUCGGUUCCUACCGCAGACAGAGCAGAACCUGCCGCCCCCCUCGGCUCCCCAGCCCUCGUCUAAUUCGCUGCAGUCUAAGAUCUCACUCUCCAUUGCUGUUGGACCAGCCCCCACUCUUCCCUCGACUGUGGCGCGGUCAUCUCUGACGCCCCGUCCCCCAACCCUAGAGGACGGCAUGAGGGGUCGAGAGGGGUGGAGGGAGCGCAGCGGAGGCAGAGAGAAAUGGGGCACCACCAAGGAGAGGGUGAGAGGGAGGCUGUCCCAGCAGAAGGAGCGGAAAGCAACACAGAUGCUGGCCAUCGUGCUCGGAGUGUUCAUUAUCUGCUGGCUGCCUUUCUUCCUGACCCACGUGCUAAAAGCCCACUGCAGGAGCUGCUGCAUCUCGCCCUCUCUGUACAGUGCCGUCACCUGGCUGGGAUAUCUCAACAGCGCCGUAAACCCUGUCAUUUACACCACUUUCAACAUUGAAUUUCGCAAAGCCUUCAUCAAGAUCCUGCACUGCUAGCCCAGACCGAAAAACAUCAGCUGUCAAAAUGAAUAAAUAAGGAAACAAAGUUCCGUGACCACAGGAGAGAGCACAGAUAGAGAUAUCUGUGACAGUUUGAGGCUGGGAAGAAGUGAGACUAUAAUCUGGAUGACUUGCAGUCGUGGAAAAGGAUCCUUUUUUUUGAAGGACUCAACAUGAGAAAAUGGACCCGGCGGCUCAGACGAGACUAAACAAGAGAGAGAGAAAACAAGGUUUAAGAAGGCAGUGACAGCAGGCACAAAAGAACCUACAACAACAGUUUGUGACAAGUGGAAGACAGCAGCAAGAUAAACCAAAAAGUUUGAGAUAUGUAUAGUAGAGGAUACCUACCAAGUAUAUAUAUAUUCUGUGAAGAGGAAGACUUUGUUUACGCAAGGACCCAUACAUGAUUCUGACUCAAACUCCACAUUUAUUGGUUUUAGUGCAACAUUGCUGUUGUCCCAGUGUACUGGAAUGCUUUAUUUGCAUCAGACCGGUUCUGCUGUACAUACUUGUAAUCUUGACAACCACCAUUUUUGUGUGUGUUUGCAUGUUCUUGUAUUUCUCACCGGACAGGAGUAAUUAAACAUAUAAAAAGAAAAAGAAAUAAUUUGUGUCCUUUUGUAUUGCUGGAAAUUGUUCCUCAGUUUUCUUGCAAAUACCUAUUUGCUUUUAAUAAGCGUGUAUGUAUGUUCUGUAAAUAAAUGUUUAUAAUCACCGUUUUAAAGCAUAAAUUGUACCAUCUUUUAUUUUAUUUUUAUUUUUCCUCACUAGAUAUUGUUUUGAACAAUGUAUAAAUACUUUUUUUGUCAUUUUGUAAUCAAUUUUUGCUUUUUCUAUGGAGGAAGAAAAAAACCCUCAGCCAAAAUUAAUCAUGCAUUUUGAACUUGUGUGCAUUUUAAUGCUAAUGUAAACAUUAUUAACUUGAACCUGUACAUAUAUUUUGAUGGUGGCAGCCAAAAAUAAUCAUUCACACAAAAUCUGUGUAUGUGUAUUU